AUGAGCAUGAUGGGAGAAUUAAACUUCUUCCUCGGAUUGCAAAUCAAGCAAACUGAAGAAGGAAUGAUCCAUCAACAAAAAUAUAUCAAGGAACUGAUCAAGAAAUACAAGCUAGAUAAUGUUAAGACUAAUAACACUCCAAUGGGUAUAGCGACCAGAUUGGAUGAAGUUCCAACAGGAACUUGUGUUGAUCAAUCUAUGUAUAGAGGUAUGAUAGGUUCUUUACUUUAUCUAACAGCUAGUAGACCUAACAUAUCUUUUAGUGUAGGUUUGUGUGCCAGGUUCCAAGCAAACCCAAAGGAGUCUCACUUGAAAGCAGUAAAGAGAAUCCUUAGAUACCUAAAAGGAACUGAUGAUCUGAGUCUCUUCUAUCCUAGAAGUGACUUCUUUGAUUCAAAUGGUGUUACUGAUGCUAACUAUGCAGGUGAUUUAGUCAAUAGAAAAAGAAUUCAGGUAUGGUACAGUUUUGAGGACCUUGUUUAG